CAGUAAAAAAGAGGGAAAAAAAGACGCGUAGAGCCACUGUGAGUGUUGGGUGCAGGCAGUGAACGCCCAGUGACCGCACAGGCCGGUGGGAGGCAGAGGCGUAAGGUUGCCCCGCAAAUUUUUUAGUGACCCAUUGAUAGCUUUUCCUUCCCCUCCCUCAACAUUUCCUCCGGCUCUGAGCAAUCUGUCGACGCUUCACCACCCGCUGUUUCCGUGCAGUUCUUUCUCCUCGUUCUGCCCUCACAAAUCGCCUGUUUGGUGCCGCUGUUUUCACGAUCCCCAUCCCCGUCCAUCAUCACAAUCAGUCAAUCAAAAUGGCCGAACCGAUUAAGAACAAGCGGCCCGACCCCGCCGUUGCCCCCACUCCUCAGAACACACCUUUGAACGCAGCUCCCAUUUCAUCGCACGCCCAGCAGCCCGGAGUUGCUAGCAUCAAUGAAGAGGAUCUGGGUAGUGGUGUCGCUGCCGCUUCCAUCUUUGCUCACGACCCCCGCCUCAUGUCUCUGAUCCAGGGCCGUCUCGGUUCCCUCGUUGGCAAGUCUUCCGGCUACAUCGAGUCGCUCCCUGUCGAGGUCAAGCGCCGCGUCUCCGGUCUCAAGGGCAUCCAGAAAGAGCACUCCAAGCUCGAGGCCGAGUUCCAGGAGGAGGUCCUUCAGCUCGAGAAGAAAUUCUUCGCCAAGUUCACCCCUCUCUAUGAGCAGCGUGCCGCCAUCGUCAACGGCAAGACCGAGCCCACCGAGGACCUGGUCAAGGCCGGCGAGGAGGAUGAGGACAAGGCGGAGGGCGCCGCUGUCGAGAACAAGGGCGCCACCGACGGCGGUAAGGUCAACGGUAUUCCCGAGUUCUGGCUCUCUGCCAUGAAGAACCAGAUCUCCCUUGCCGAGAUGAUCACCGACCGCGAUGAGGAUGCUCUCAAGUCCCUGAUCGAUAUCCGCAUGGAGUACCUCGACAAGCCCGGUUUCCGUCUGAUCUUCGAGUUCGCUGAGAACGGUUUUUUCACCAACAAGAUCAUCACCAAGACCUACUACUACCAGAACGAGAGCGGGUAUGGCGGUGACUUCAUUUAUGACCAUGCCGAGGGUGACAAGAUCGACUGGAAGGCCGGUCAGGAUCUCACCGUUCGCAUCGAACAGAAGAAGCAACGUAACAAGACCACGAAGCAGACUCGCAUCGUUAAGAAGACUGUCCCAACCGAGUCCUUCUUCAACUUCUUCUCGCCCCCCAAGCCCCCCACCGACGAUGACGACGAGGCGGCCGAUGAUAUUGAGGAGCGUCUCGAGCUCGACUACCAGCUCGGUGAGGACAUCAAGGAGAAGCUUAUUCCCCGCGCCAUCGACUGGUUCACCGGCGAGGCCCUCGCUUUCGAGGAGUUGGACGAGGAGGACUAUGCCGAUUUCGACGAUGAUGAUGAGGAUGACGAGGACGAUGACAGCGAGGACCACGAUGAUGAGGACGAGUCCGAGGAGGACGAGGAGGAUGGCAGCAAGCCCAAGCAGGAGCCCUCGGAGUGCAAGCAAAGCUAAAUGGUGUAGACUUCUCGCCAACAUGGCCUAGCAUACUUCAUUGAUCGGGCAAUCGCCCCUCCGCCCUCUACCCGGGCCUUUUUUUCACUGGUGUCCCAAUUACACUGCUCAUCAGCAGGCUCCAUUAGGGAGCAAUACGGCGAAUGAUGGACAUGCAGGAGUGCCGAAAUUGAGCUCUGAUUUGUACUUGUUUUUGAGGACAUUUCCGGGUAAUAUGUCUUGUCUUUGCAUGCCCUUUGCGUUUGAUGGCUUCUCCUCGUCUCAGUUUCUUUAUGGGUUUUUCAAUUUUCAUUUGUGCGGGUGGGAAGCGAUUUUCUUUUCCCGAGAUGUGAGGGCAUACUAGAAGGCAGACAAAAAGGGGGGCUCACAACUGGGCAGGACGAGUCUCGAGCACUGUAUGGGAACACUUGGUAUUAGGUUUAUGGCACCUGAGCCCAGCAGUCAGUAGGCAGUGAAUUCACAUUAUGUAGCAAACUCAUCAACAUCGUGAUCAUCAUGA